GAGGCUGCCAGGAAGCAUUCAUUAUCAAGCUGCCCUAGCCCUGCUGCACACCUGGAGGUAAUAGGACCAGCACAUGAGCCAUGGCCUGGACUGUCUGCCACACUUGGUGCAAGAGGAGCUGAGGGACCGCGCCGGAUAAAAUUCUUUGGUGGACUGGAUCCAGUGCAUGGGCUGUAUUUUGCCCACCCUGACCUACUUGCUUUCCUUUCAGUGGCAAGACAUUGGUAGUACCUUCAUCAUCCUGCUGUUUUACCAGUUGCAAGAUAAGAACCAUUGCUGCAUGAACUGCAACUAGAUAUCCAACUCUUCUCUUUGCACUACAUUAUGCCAUUGGAGAUGGACUCAAAAGUAAACAAUCUUACUUUUGGGUGUCAACGAAGCUCAACAUCUGAUGAUGAUUCUGGCUGUGCCUUAGAAGAAUAUGCUUGGGUUCCACCAGGCCUUAGACCAGAACAGGUCCAGCUGUAUUUUGCCUGUUUGCCAGAGGAGAAAGUCCCUUACAUUAACAGCCCUGGAGAGAAAUACAGAAUUAAACAGCUUCUAUAUCAGCUGCCACCCCAUGAUAAUGAGGUCAGAUAUUGUCAGUCUUUAAGUGAAGAAGAGAAGAAGGAACUGCUGAUGUUUAGUGCUCAGCGUAAGAAGGAGGCAUUGGGGAGAGGCACUAUUAAACUACUCUCAAGAGCACUAAUGCAUGCAGUUUGUGAACAGUGUGGGACAAAAGUAAAUGGAGGUGAAGUUGCUGUUUUUGCUUCAAGAGCUGGACCUGGAGUAUGUUGGCAUCCAUCUUGUUUUGCAUGCUCUACAUGCAAUGAGCUGCUCGUUGACCUAAUCUACUUCUACCAAGAUGGAAAAAUUCAUUGUGGUAGACAUCAUGCUGAACUUCUCAAGCCUCGUUGCUCAGCCUGUGAUGAGAUCAUCUUUGCGGAUGAGUGCACAGAAGCUGAGGGUCGCCAUUGGCACAUGAAGCAUUUUUGUUGUCUCGAGUGUGAAACUAUCCUUGGAGGACAAAGAUACAUAAUGAAGGAUGGACGCCCAUUCUGUUGUAGCUGUUUUGAAUCUCUUUAUGCAGAGUACUGCGAGACCUGUGGGGAACAUAUAGGUGUUGACCAUGCUCAGAUGACUUAUGAUGGACAGCACUGGCACGCUACAGAGACCUGCUUUUCUUGUGCUCAGUGCAAAACCUCUUUGCUGGGUUGUCCUUUCCUUCCCAAGCAAGGACAAAUUUACUGUUCAAAAACCUGUAGUUUGGGAGAAGAUGUUCAUGCCUCUGACUCCUCUGACUCUGCCUUUCAGUCUGCCCGAUCAAGGGACUCUAGAAGAAGUGUUCGUAUGGGAAAGAGCAGUCGGUCAGCUGACCAGUGUAGACAGUCUCUUUUACUGUCACCAGCACUGAAUUACAAAUUUCCUGGUCUUUCUAGCAAUGCAGAUGAUACCCUUUCUCGCAAGCUGGAUGACUUAAGCCUUUCAAGGCAUGGGGCAAGUUUUGUUAAUGAAGACUUCUGGAAAGGAAGAGUAGAACAAGAAAUGCCUGAAGAUCCUGAAGAGUGGGCUGAGCAUGAAGACUAUAUGACUCAACUACUUAUAAAGUUUGGUGAUAAAGGCCUCUUCCAGCAGCCCAGUGAAGUAGACAUCAGAUCAAGUGAACACUGGAUUUCUGAUAGCAUGGCCAAAAGCAAGUCUGAACUGAAAAAAAAUAAUCAAAGCCUGGCAAGCAAAAAAUAUCAGUCAGAUAUGUACUGGACCCAGUCACAAGAUGGCUUGGGUGAUUCUGCCUAUGGCAGCCAUCCAGGCCCUGCCAGCAGCAGAAAAAUUCAAGAGUUGGACAUGGAACAUGGGGCUUCAGGAUACAAUCGUGAUCAGACACAGUGGUACGAAGGCUCAUUGGAAUGUCUGUCAGAUCUGAAACAACAAGAACAAAGUGUUCGUGAUUCAAUGGAUUCAUUGGCUUUGUCUAAUAUAACAGGGGCUUCGGUGGAUGGAGAAGGCAAGCCACGGCCAUCUUUGUAUUCUUUGCAAACCUUCCAAGAGCUGGAAGCUGAGGAAUGUGAGAAAAUGAGUAAUAUGGGAACUCUGAAUUCUUCAAUGCUCCAUAGGAGUGCAGAGUCUUUGAAAAGUUUAAGUUCAGAGUUGUGUCAAGAGAAGAUAAUAUUGCCAGAAGAAAAGCCAGUGCAUAUGCCUGUGCUUAGAAGAUCCAAAUCCCAGUCUAGACCACAACAGGUAAAAUUUUCAGAUGAUGUUAUCGACAAUGGAAACUAUGAGAGUGUUGAAAUUCGUCAGCCUCCAAUGAGUGAGAGAACUCGUAGGCGUGUUUACCAUUUUGAGGAACGUGGACACCGCCAUCAGCGUCGUCGCAGGAGAAGUAGAAAGUCUCGUUCUGACAAUGCACUUCACCUGGCUACAGAAAGAAGAUGCUCACCAAAAGAGAGACUUCAGUUUUACUCUCCUCAGGAUCAUGACAAGUUUAUCCAAAAUAAAAGCCCACAUCAGAUUCAGGCAUAUAUUCAAAAUGCAGAGCUGUAUGGACAGUAUGCCCAUGCUACUUCUGAUUAUGCGCUGCAAAACCAGGUGGUUGAUAAAUUUUUUGGACUAUAUGGUGAUGAAGAUGAUUCCUGGUGUUCAACUUCAUCAUCAUCUUCAUCAGACUCUGAAGAGGAAGGAUAUUUUCUAGGACAACCAAUACCACAGCCACGUUCAUUAAGAUAUCCAUACUAUACAGAUGAUCUUUCUAGUCCAACUACUGCACUGUCCAGUUCUCAGUUUGGGCAAAGGACAACCAAAUCAAAGAAGAAAAAAGGACAUAAAGGCAAAAACUGCAUAAUUUCUUAACAUCUUAUGUUUAACAGUUGAAGACCAAUUUUGUAGUUACUUGUCUGAACCAUUUUUCAAGUUGUGCCUAAGCAAGUUGUUAAUGCUUUGCCAAUGUCAAUGAUAACUACUGGUGUUUACAAUGUAAAACUAACAUUCAGAAACAUUGUUUCUCCAGGUAACAGCUUAAACUUGCCAAGUUUACCCAAUAAGUUGUAGCUGUUCUACUCUUUGUUAGUGUCUGUAAUAAAAAAUGCAGUAUGUGGACAUUUAAACUUGGGUGACUAGCAUGUCAGUCCAUUUGAGAAAAGGGUGCAAUAACAUGAAUGAACUGUAGAUUCAUUAUUUGUCCUUUAUUGUUGCUUUAUGUAUACAGAUGGCUUUUAUCUUUUCGGGCUUUUUCCUUAGAGUGAAAUGCCCACACUCCCGAGAUCUAAAGUCACACCCUGACUUCUUUCACAAGAGGUCUCUCUGUCUCUAGAAACUGGAAUUUUAAUCUCUUGUUGUAUUUGAAUCUCAUGUACAACUUCCAUACUUUUUGAGUGUGCUAUUCUUCCAAAGAGUACUUCAGUAAAAGGAUGCAAAUCCAAACCUGAGUGUAGAAAUAGCUGCAGCCAUCUUCAUAUACAGGCAGUCCUCAACUUACAAUGUGUUAAGUUACAUUUCACACUUACAACUUUUAUAAAUCGACACCCUGUUUCAACUUUGAUGUCAGUUUUGACUUUACAACGCUCAAUCCGAUGCCAAGUCAUGCUAGGGAACAAGUUUGCUGCAUCACCCAUCUCCCUGGAGAACCAGCAUCUGUCCAAACUUCUUUGGACACUUUCUUUAAGAAAGCAAACAAGACUCCAGAAAAACCUGCAACCAAGACUCCUGAAAAGACAAGAGCCCUUCAAAAAGUCCAGCAAAGUCACCUCAAAGAAGUCCUUCCAAAUCAAUAUGGUUGCUGUUUACAAUAUAAAUACAUUAAUGUAGCUAUAUUACUAAUCUAUAAUUGAUUGGGUACAACAUUCUGGGUUAUUUUUGGUGAAAAUAGGGUAUAGGGCCUUGGUUCAGGAACCAAUCUCCCAUUUAUAACAUUGUUUCCUAUGGGAAAAUCAGUUCCGAGUUGCAACGUUUCUACUUAAGACGCUGUUUUCAGGAACCAAUCGUGUCGUAGGUCUGAGGACUGCCUGUACACUAAAGAAGCAGUAAAUGGCCAAUACAUUUAUCUUGUAGCUCGUUUCUUUAAAAGAUAAGGAUUCCAUCCAUACAGUCACUUUUUAGUUAACUAAAUACUGAAACUAUUAAAUUAAUGUAAGUAUUGAAAAUGUAGCUGUUUUAGAACUGGACUAGUUUGGCUUUAUUUGGGGAGGGGUGCACAUCACUGCAGUUGAUGUUUAGUACCAUGCUGUAUUGCCUCCUCUGCCCCCAUAACAUUGAGGAGACAGUUGUGAUCUAAUGCUGGAAGCCCUUACUCUUGCAAGUAACCCCAUUUUAAAUAACAAAACUACUUGCAUGAUAAUGAACAUUUGUGUAAGGAUUGAAAAAACUAAGUCCAAGACUCAUAUCUUUUGAAACCCAUUAUCCAGGUUUUGUAAGUGUACUAGAGGCAAUUAUAAAUAUUUAUAAUGUAGUAUUUCAUAGACUAAAAGUGUAUUCAUAAUUUAACAGUGCAAAUAUUAAUGUACAUAUUGUAUAGUUAAGAUUUAAAAGCUGAUUAUUUUUAUAUCCCUGAAUUCCAAGAAAGUUGUUACAGUACAAAACUAGAUUUUAUUAGGGGUUUAACAGCAGCAUUAUGGAUGAAAAAAAUUGCUUGUCUUUUAGUCAGGGUUUUAAGUUUAGAAACACCCAAAAUGACAUUACUUAGUGAGCCAAAGCAUAAUUUUCUCUUAAAUAUUAAAAGCUCUGUAUGCAUGGUAGGGCUGUGUAAAUACUCUCUAACUAUGGCCCUCUUAAUCUUACAAGUGUUAUUUAUGGGUCAAGCAAAAUGUAAACUGUAUAAAUGUAAAAACCACACAAACCUGGAAUAUAUCAGUACAAACA